GAUUUUCCUCACUAGGAGGACGCACAUUAAUCAUUCAUAGUGUUAGAAGUAGCAUGAACAUCUACGUACUAGCUGUGUAAGUUACCACCAUAUCAACACCCGUCUAUAUAUUGCUAGCAUAAUUAUAUUACAGUGAUGAGGCAAGCGGGUUACGCGUUUGGUGGAGAUUACUUCGGAGAUGGAGGUGGGAGAGAUGGGAAUGGCGGAGUGAGUUGUCAAGAUUGCGGGAACCAAGCGAAGAAGGACUGCCAACACAUGAGAUGUAGAACUUGCUGCCGGAGCCGUGGGUUUCCAUGUGAAACCCACGUCAAAAGCACAUGGGUUCCAGCUGCCAAACGUCGCGAACGCCAUCAACAACUCUCUUUGUCGACUCAAGAACAGAAUUCAAGUAAUCAGCAACUUAGUCUGAUGAUUGCAAGUGGUGGUGAUGGUGGUGGUGAACAUAAUCUGAAGAGAUUUCGUGAGGAACGUCAACACCAUCACCAUGUCCGUGGUGGUGUGGCCGUUCCUACAACGAAUCUUCAGAAUACUGCUUCAGAACUAGGGUUUCCAUUUCCGGCGGAAGUAAGUUCUCCAGCGAUGUUUCGACGCGUUAGAGUGAGUGGAAUGGACGAAACGAACGAGCAGAUGGCGUAUCAGACUGCCAUUAGCGUCGGAGGACAUGUUUUCAACGGAAUUCUGUAUGAUCAUGGCCCAGAUCAGGGUCAAUACAGCCAUCCCGUUGGAGAGAGUUCCUCCACCACUGGUAAUCAACAUCAAGACGUUAAUCUCAUUACGUCGGGCACGACGACCACCAGUAGCAACAGCAUUUAUCAAGCUGUCACCAUUAUUGACCCUUCAUCCGUGUAUCCAACUCCGCUUUGUGCUUUCAUCCCGGGUACGCAAUUUUUUCCACCACCAAGAUCUUGAAGACAUACACAACAAAGAUCAUCAAAUGAAAUGCUAUUAUUAUUGGUACUUUUAUUGUUGUUGUUAUUAUUAUUAUUAUUGAACUCUUUGGAUUGAUUAUAUAUUAUAUAAACCCAAAAUGGAAAGAAAAUGCACUUGAGGUGCAUGUAUUUCCAUGCUUUAAUCUUUUAAUGGCAAAAUCUAUGUUCUUUUUACACA